AUGGCUGGCCCAGCUCCAAACCUCCUCAGCUUUCAAGACACCGGCGCUCUGGCCAAGCAAUUACGGCCCUAUGUCCUCCGAAACCAGAACUCGGCCUUAAGUCGUCAUGACACUUUUCGCAUCGCAGUAUCCGGAGGCUCCCUGCCUGCUGUUCUCGCCAAAUCACUCCUUGUCCCUGGAGAUGGGAGCCCGGAGGAUACUGCCCAGUUUUCCAAGUGGGAGAUCUUCUUCGCGGACGAGCGCGCCGUCCCUCUCAACCACGAGGACAGCAACUAUCGCCUUUUGAAAGAUGAGCUGCUCAGCAAGAUUCCGUCGGAUCUGGGCUCCCCCAAAGUGCACCCAAUCGAUGAAGCCCAUGUCAACGACGAAGACCCCCAGGAGCUCGCGGAUUUGUACCAGGAAGACCUGAUGCGCUCUUUCGCCGCCAAGGACAGCGUGAAGCUACCUGUUUUCGACCUUAUUCUCCUCGGCUGUGGUCCGGAUGGUCACACUUGCAGUCUCUUCCCUGGACACGAAUUGCUGCGAGAGAAGGACUCAUGGGUGUCCGCGAUUAGCGACUCUCCGAAGCCGCCACCAAAGCGCAUCACCCUCACACUGCCUGUUGUUACGCACGCUGUGAACAUCGCCUUCAUCGCUACAGGCGGUGGCAAGAAAGAGAUCAUGAAACAGAUCUUUGAUGCUGAGGAAGGGAGGAGCCUUCCAUCCUCCCUCGUCAACCAGGGAGCAGGCGAGAAAGUCACCUGGUUUACCGAUCAUGCUGCUGUGGAAGGGGUCUCCUUCCCGAGACGGGGAAGCCUAUAA